CGGCUCUUGCAACUCAAGAUGGCGGACGAGAGUGAGACAGCAGUGAAGCCGCCGGCACCUCCGCUGCCGCAAAUGAUGGAAGGGAACGGAAACGGCCAUGAGCACUGCAGCGACUGCGAGAACGAGGAGGACAACAGCUACAGCCGGGGUGGUUUGAGUCCAGCCAAUGACACUGGAGCCAAAAAGAAGAAAAAGAAACAAAAAAAGAAGAAAGAGAAAGGCAAUGAGACAGAUUCAGCCCAGGACCAGCCUGUGAAGAUGAACUCUUUGCCCGCAGAGAGGAUCCAGGAAAUACAGAAGGCCAUUGAACUGUUUUCAGUGGGUCAGGGACCCGCCAAAACCAUGGAGGAGGCUAGCAAGCGAAGCUAUCAGUUCUGGGACACGCAGCCAGUCCCCAAACUGGGAGAAGUGGUGAACACGCACGGGCCCGUGGAGCCUGACAAAGACAACAUCCGCCAGGAGCCCUACACCCUGCCCCAGGGCUUCACCUGGGAUGCCUUGGACCUGGGGGACCGUGGUGUGCUAAAAGAGCUCUACGGCCUCCUGAACGAGAACUACGUGGAGGAUGACGACAACAUGUUCCGGUUCGACUACUCCCCGGACUUUCUGCUGUGGGCUCUCCGGCCGCCUGGCUGGCUUCCCCAGUGGCACUGUGGGGUUCGAGUGGUCUCGAGUCGGAAACUGGUUGGGUUCAUCAGUGCCAUCCCAGCAAACAUCCACAUCUAUGACACAGAGAAGAAGAUGGUGGAGAUCAACUUCCUGUGUGUCCACAAGAAGCUGCGCUCCAAGAGGGUGGCUCCGGUCCUGAUCCGGGAGAUAACCCGGCGAGUUCACCUGGAGGGCAUCUUCCAAGCUGUUUACACUGCUGGCGUGGUGUUACCGAAGCCCGUCGGCACCUGCAGGUACUGGCAUCGGUCCCUAAACCCGCGGAAGCUGAUUGAAGUGAAGUUCUCCCACCUGAGCAGAAAUAUGACCAUGCAGCGUACCAUGAAGCUCUACCGACUGCCAGAGACUCCCAAGACAGCUGGGCUGCGACCAAUGGAGAAAAAGGACAUUCCAGUAGUGCACCAGCUCCUCAGCAGGUACCUGAAGCAGUUCCACCUGACACCGGUCAUGAGCCAGGAGGAGGUGGAGCACUGGUUCUACCCCCAGGAGAAUAUCAUUGACACCUUCGUGGUGGAGAAUGCAAACGGUGAAGUAACAGAUUUCCUGAGCUUUUAUACGCUUCCCUCCACCAUCAUGAAUCAUCCAACCCACAAGAGUCUAAAGGCUGCUUAUUCCUUCUACAACGUCCACACCCAGACCCCUCUUCUAGACCUCAUGAGCGACGCCCUUGUUCUCGCCAAAAUGAAAGGGUUUGACGUGUUCAAUGCCCUGGAUCUCAUGGAGAACAAAACCUUCCUAGAGAAGCUCAAGUUCGGCAUAGGAGAUGGCAACCUGCAGUAUUACCUUUACAACUGGAAGUGUCCCGGCAUGGGGGCAGAGAAGGUUGGGCUGGUGUUACAGUAAUCAGUUGCCAGUGAGACUCUGGAUAAAGCCACUGAGAAUUCAAACCAGGAAAUGGAACCCCACCACUUGUCGGUCCAAUUUUCACAGACGUGAGAAUCCCUGGCAAAGGGAACAGAACUGAACCGGCUUUACCAAACCGCCGCUGAACUUGACAAUUGUAUUGCAUUGUGAUGGCGUAGGCUGCGCGAUGUCACCUCUGGCCGUGUCUCUGGCCUCCCUGUUUUCCACUUAAUCACAUCCUCACGCAGCCGUGAUCAAGGGAAUGUAACUGCUGAAAACUAGCUCGUGAUUGGCAUAUUAUGGAGUUAACGGGUGAAUAAUAAAAGUAUAUAUAUAUAUAUUAUAUAUAUAUAAAUAUUUUAAAUAUC